UUAGGAUGUUUAUUUAUAAUUUAUUUAUUAUUCUAUUCAUAAACGAUUUUUUCGGUUGAAUCACUGGUUGAACCGGUUAGACCAGUAAACUAAUGAACCAAUAACUAAAAUGGUUUGAUGAUCGGUCCGGUCUCAGAACCUUGCUUAUAACUAUAUUAUAUAGUUGAAAGUUGGAACCCAUCCUGAAGAAUGAAGAUAAUAUUUAAUAUUGGAACAAAACCAAAAAAGUGAGGAGCAUUGGAAGUAGAAGGAUAAACACGUUUGUUAAUUUCACUUCUACCUUCUUUCUAGAUUCAAGUCCAAAUUUUGCCUUCUCUUUUUGGACUCAGGUUUUGUUGCUCACUCAAUGAUUGCAAUCAAGGGUAUGCAAAGGGGGCGAUUCUUGAAUCCUGUACCCCAACUUGUUACUGGAUUAUCAAGCUCUGCUGCUGCAAGCUCUUGUGAUGCCAUGGAUACAGCUAAUCAACUGCAAUCUCUUCAUUCUCGUUAUCCUGAAUACACAAGGGACAGUACAAAGGCCACAGAACAUAGGAGUGCAUUCAACAAAUACAAUAUAAGGGGCCUAUCUCAAUGCCUGAAUUGGCCUAAAAGGUUUAAUGAUAAUUCUCAUGCUGCCAGCUACUUGGUAAACCAUCAUUUUACAUCUGAUCGAAAUACAGAUGCAAAGGAUUUCUCAAGUAAGCUUCUUAAAGGUAUUCCAGACUUUGUAAAGAUAGUGGAGGUUGGUCCAAGGGAUGGAUUGCAGAAUGAGAAGUCUAUCGUUCCAACUGAUGUAAAAGUUGAGUUGAUAAAGCUGCUGGUUUCUUCUGGGUUGUCUGUCAUCGAGGCAACAAGUUUUGUAUCACCAAAAUGGGUUCCACAGUUGGCAGAUGCAAAAGAUGUAUUGGAAGGCAUUCAAGAUGUGGAAGGUGUUAGCUUUCCUGUAUUAACUCCAAACCUCAAAGGCUUUGAGGCAGCUGUUGCUGCUGGGGCUAAGGAAGUGGCUGUUUUUCCUGCAGCUUCUGAAUCAUUCUCUAAAGCAAAUCUCAACUCUGGCAUUGAGGAUAAUCUUGCUCGUUGCCGAGACAUUGCUUCAGCUUCUCGAAGCUACUCAAUCCCCGUUCGUGGGACAUGUUGCUCCAGCCAAAGUAGCAUAUGUGGCAAGGCACUUGAUGAGAUGGGUUGCUCAGAGAUUUCACUAGGCACUGUCGUUCCAAUGCUGGAAGCUGUUCUUGAUGUUGUUCCAGUUGACAAGCUUGCUGUCCACUUUCAUGAUACUUAUGGUCAGGCGCUUUCAAAUUCUCUAAUUUCACUUCAGAUGGGGAUCAGUGUAGUGGAUUCAUCUGUUUCCGGCCUUGGGGGUUGUCCGUAUGCAAAGGGUGCAACUGGAAAUGUUGCCACUGAGGAUGUUGUUUACAUGCUGGAUGGAAUUGGAGUGAAAACCAACGUGGACCUCGGAAAGCUCAUGCAGGCCGGAGAUUUCAUCUGCAAGCAUUUAGGACGCGCAUCGAAUUCAAGAGCCGCAACUGCGUUGAGUAAAGUUAAAGCUCAUGCUUCCAAACUUUGAAUAUGUUAAAGCUACACAAUGCAAGCCACAUGAUACAUAGGUUAAUGAAUUUAUCCACUGCAUAACUUCUGUUCAUGUGCUUUUAUGACCAUAGAGAAAGAGAAAGAGGAGAGUUGCAUCGCUUUGAUUAUUGAAGCAUCACAUGUUCAGCAUUGUGAUCUUAAAGACAAAUGUUUUAAAUAAUGAAAUGAUUAAAGACAUUAAUGAUUUU